AUGUUCCCGGAGGAUCGCAAGGAGGGCAGCCCCCGUUUCGGGAAACUCCACUUCCCCGUCGGCCUCUGGAUCAACUCCCCCAAGAAGCGCCUGGCCAAGAUGAGCCGCCGGUGGCCCAGCGCCGGCUCCGUCAGAUCGACCUCCUCGGACACGGCCAGCCGCGGCAGCGAGACGGUGGAGCUGCGUCCCCCCAGCAAAACCAAACCCUCGCGCCACAAGCGUCUCUCCAACCUCUUCCACCGCAGCGGCGCCGGGACGGGCGCCGCCAGCGCCGGCGGGCGUUGGGCCAGUGAGAAGAAGCUGGCGGAGCUGGUGGACCCGGUACCCGAGGUCCUGGUGGGGGGGGAACAACCCCCCGGCCAGCGCCAGCUCCCCGGUAUCCUCAAAAUUUUUGGGGGGGACAUCUCCCGGGGGGCCAACUACAAGAGCGUUUUGGCUACACCGCGCUCCACCGCCCGGGAGCUGGUGCGGGAAGCUUUGGAACGUUACGGUUUGGCUCCGGAAGAGGGAACGUCGGGAGAAUAUGUGCUCUGCGACGUGGUGGGGCGCCCGGGGGGUCCCGGGGGGGCUUGGCAGGUGGAGCACCUGCGGCCGGUGGGCGACGCUGAGCGGCCCUUGGUGCUCCAGGACGUCUGGAAACCGAAAACCGGCUGCUCCCGGCGCUUCGAGAUCCGCCGGCGGCAAGAGGUGGAGCGCAUCUGCGAGGGCGAGGACGCCGAGACCGCCGGCAUCAACGCUCAGGCCCGGCGGCUGCAGAAGAGCCGCUCGCGGGCGGCAUCGGGGGGCCCGGCCCCCGCCAAAGAACGUGCCGACAACCUCUCGCUGCGCCGCAGCAUCAGCGACAUGAACCUCAGCACCAAACGGCGACGGGAACGGAAGACGGUGUUGAGUGUGGCGGGGGGCGAAGCCGGGACCCCCACAACCGACGAGGGACCCCCCGAAACCCCCCCCGGGGACGGGGUGGCUGGUGAGGAGGAGGUGGGAGAGGGCGCUGGCCUGGAGCAGCUCUCGCAGUGCCUCAUCCAGCCCCCCCAGCAGCACCCCUACUUCCUCCUGCUGCAGGGCUACGGCAAGCAGGACUUUGUCAUCUACGUGAUGACCCGACCCCAACACGUCUUCGGCCGCCCCGAACGCCGGGGGGUCCCAGAAAAAACGGGGGGCUGCCUCGUCGACACCUUCCUCAACGCCCCCGACAUCCUGCCACGCCACUGCCUGGUGCGGGCGGCCGAGGCGGGGGCCGAUACUGCCGCCUCCCCCCCCACCGCCACCGUCCGGCCUUUUCGGGGGGCCCCUGUCACCCACAACGGAGCCCCCCUCUUGCGCCAAGCCCCCCUCAACCCCGGCGACCUGCUGGGGCUGGGCCAGCACUUCCUUUUCCUCUAUAAGGACCCCCGGGGCGCGGCGGAGGGGUCUCCCACCCCGCGCCCCCCCUGGCUACCCCACGCCUGGCCCUCUCCCGGCUUGGUGGGGGCCCUGGGGUGCCCGGGGUGCGGGCGCUCCCCCCAGGAGCGGCAGGAGGCCCUGCGGAGCUGCCUGGAGAGCCCCCAGCCGGAGCUGCGGUACCGACCCCAGGAGGAGGAGGUUCUGCUGCGGGAGAUCGUCCGGCUGCCGGAGGGAUGCGGGACGGGAGCCGGAAUGGGGGCGUUGGCCCCCGCUUUCCUUUUGGGAUUGUGUUUGGAACACGCCGCCCGUGCCUUCCCGCCUGAGCGCUUCCCUGCGCUGCUCUCCCGCGUGGCUCUGCUCGUUAAGGAGACCGUUUGGGAGAAGAUCAAGGAGAUCGGAGAUCGGCAGCCAGAGAACCAGCAGGAUGCGGCCCCCGCGUCGCUGAGCAUGGAGGCGGUGGUAGCCGACCUGCGGCCCCUGAUGCUCUGGCUGGCCAACGCCAUGGAGCUGCUCAACCUGGCCCAGGGCCGCGUGCUGGAGCUGGAGAAGGAGCUGGAGCUGGAGGGCCCCUGCCAGGAGCUGACCGGCGACCUGGAGACCUGCGACGAGGCCAUGGGCGUCCUGGACGAGGUGAUCAUGUCCACCUUCCAGCAGUCCGUCUACUACCUGACCAAG